UUGUCGUGUUAAAUGUCAAAUCGGAUUCUCCUUUGGUCUCGCGUGCGUUUUUAAAUUUUAUCUUUUUUAGAGUUACAUUUGUUCUUUAAUAGGGGAAAUGGCGAGUAAAGUACAUAGAGUGCGUUAUUAUAACCCAAAACCUGAAUCAAUAAAUUGUGUUUCAUACAGUAAAAUCAAUAAACACAUUGCACUUGCGAGAUCAGAUGCUACCAUUGAAAUAUGGGAUCUGUCUUAUGCACCAUAUUUGAUUAAGUUUAUACCUGGUGUUGAGAAUGGUUCUGUAGAGGCCCUUGGUUGGGUUGGUGACCGGCUGUUAUCUACAGGACUCGGUGGUGCCUUAGUAGAAUGGGAUCUAAAUAAAUUGAAUAUAAAAACCACAAUGCUUCUCACUGGAUAUGCUGCUUGGUGUCUCGAUAUAAAUUCAUCAAACACUCUAGUUGCAGUUGGAACAGAACAAGGUUAUAUUAAUAUAUACAGUGUAGAAAAUGACAUGAUUGAAUACAGAAAAAUAUUUGAUAAGCAAGAAGGAAGAAUAAUGUGUUGCAAAUUUGAUAAGACUGGCAGUGUGCUCGUAACAGGUUCAAUAGAUACUAUAAGAGUGUGGAAUGUAGAAACAGGUCAUGCUACAUGCCGCAUACUGGCCAGUCGACGCGGUAAGGAGACAAUAGUAUGGUGUUUGGCAGUACUUUCAGAUAACCUAGUUGUGUCAGGAGAUAGUCAUGGGAGACUCACAUUUUGGGAUAGAGUACUUGGAGAACAAAUUGAAUCAUACACAACUCAUAAGGCUGACAUAUUAUCAAUAGCUGUUUCUGAAGAUGAAAAGAGUUUAUAUUGCAGCGGAGUAGACCCUGUGAUAACAAAUUUUGUCAAAGUGAACAAUAACUGUAAUAAACAGAGCACUCUACAGUGGGUCAAAAAUGUUCAAAGAAAUAUUCAUGAACAUGAUGUUAGAUGCUUAGUUAUCAACGAUGAAAGGCUUGUUUCUCUUGGAGCUGAUGGAUACUUGACUCUGUCUAGUUAUCCACCAAAAUGGGUCAUGAGAAUUCCACCUAUGAUUCCUGCACCUAGAUCUUCAAUAUGCACAAAGAAAAAAAUGAUUUUAUUAAGAUAUAAAAAUCAUUUAGAAGUGUGGAAGUUAGGCUCAUAUGCAACAAAUCAAAAUGGAAAAGUAGUGUUUAGUAACCCAAGUAUACAUUCAAAUAAUGCAGUCAAGGAUGAAAAUGAUCAAAUAGAACAAGAUACAGCGAUUGCAAUUUUAGACAAAGCAAAAUAUGAUCACAAAAAUAGCAAGUGUCUUAAGUUAACAGACAACCCAGUAAAAUUAGUGUCCGUUCAAACUAAAGGCAAAAAGCAAAUACGCUGUUGUGGUCUUUCACCAAAUGGAGAAUUUAUCAUAUAUUCUACUAAUAGUGCUAUUAGAAUGCUAAAAUUAGAAACAGAUGAAGAUUUGUCGAACACUUCACUGUCCAAAAUGUUGGUGACUGGUGCGCCGGCUACGUGCGAUCGUAUCGCGUUCACAGCUGACUCGAGUCUAGCUGUGGUCAGCAGCGAGGGACGUCUGCUAGUAUUCCAAUUAGACCUUCAGGCGGGGGCCUCGGCACUAUACGACAUACCAAUAGAUAAACACCUGAAGUCAAAUUCUGUGUUACACCUGCAUAUAUCUGACAGUACACCAUCAGGAACGGUUUAUUUGGUUGUGGCAGACGCGUUGGGCGCUAUUGCAGUGUGGACGAAGAACAAGACCAAAUUCAAACAUUACGUCACAUUGCCAACAUACAAAUGUAUACCAUCGGCAUUAACCGUUGACUGUGCUCACGAGACUCUUGUUGUCACUUAUGUAGAUCAAAAGAUUGUCGAAUACGAGUUAGUUGAGAAAAAGUUUGCGUCGUGGCCUGACAGUGCUUUGCCCGCCGAGUGGGGUUUACGACGUGCGUCUGUACGCGCGAUCAUCGCCCAUCCGAAACGAGAUGCGCUUAUGUUCUACGAUGAUACCUCUCUGUGGAUUAUGGAUAGGAAACAGGAGCAAACUGAAGACCCUACCCCUAAAAAGAAAUCAAAUAGACGUUCAAAUUUUCAUCUGAAAAUUAUACCAAUAAAGUACCUGGCCGGAUUCCACUGGGUGGAAGAAGAUGAGGCAGUCACAUUGGAGGUGACGCCCGAAAAUAUUGUAUCUCAAUUGCCACCGGUGCUAGCCGUUAAAUAAAUCUAUACUGUAUUUAACGAAGAAUCGUUGUGUAAAUAUAUAUAAUAGUAAUGUUU